GGCGGCGGCGGCGGCCGUCGUCGUCGAUGUUGUUCUCCGCCUCCGCGUACGGCGAUUUGGAGCAAUUGAGGAGGUUCGUGGAGCAAGGAGGCGCCUCCCUCUCGACCCCCGACGCUAACGGGUACUACGCUCUCCAGUGGGCCGCCCUCAACAACUUCGCCGACGUCGUUCAGUACAUCAUCGAGAAUGGGGGUCGUGUGAAUGCGACGGACAACUUGAAGCAGACUGCACUGCAUUGGGCCGCCGUUCGUGGAUCCGUUGCGGUUGCGGAUGUGCUUUUGCAAAAUAGAGCUUGGGUAGAGGCAGCUGAUACAAAUGGGUAUCGGGCAGUUCAUGUUGCUGCCCAAUAUGGCCAGACGGCCUUCUUAAAUCACAUCGUUGCAGGGUAUCAUGCUGAUAAUGAUGCACCAGAUAAUGAUGGAAGAAGUCCUCUUCAUUGGACUACAUACAAAGGAUAUGCUAGCACAAGCAGAUUGCUUCUUUUUAGAGAUGCAUCCCGGGGGAGACAAGAUAAAGGUGUAGUGAGUUUACUCAUGGCAAUCACUUCCAGAUGUCAGGAGAACUUCUAUAUUUUACUUAUUUACUCUUAAA